AUGGAUUACAACGUUAGCUAUUCAUUCUCUCAGCUUAUAUUAUUUUCUUGGUUGAUCUCAGUGGUAUCAUGGACUGGUGAUCAUUUAAAAUGGUUGCCACCAUUCAAUAAUCACAAUAAAAUUUCUGAAUUAUGUACAGCAAGCAAUCGAGAAUUAAUUAUGAGCCAUUCUGGACUUCAUCGACUAUUCCGUCAUGAUGUAUUAUGUUGGCGUGAAACCGAGCAUUACGUGCCACCGCGUUAUGCGGCUUUAGUAUGGUUUAUGCAGUCUCUUCAGUACUGUGAAGUAAAUAAUGUAGUUACUUGGAAACGAUCGGAGAUUUAUUAUAAUCAAACGUUUCAAAUAUUGUUCACACGUGCUGCUUUCGCUCUGGUUUGCCAGCAAAAUGAUGAUAUUCAUAUUUUUGGAUUAACAAAAUAUGCAAGUUUAUUCCAAAUGCUCUUUGAAGAAAGCAAUUCAGACCGCAGAAUUAUAUGCGAACGAAUACAAAUUAUCCAUGCUGAAUUAUUCGAACGUUGCAUUGUUUGCAAGCCAAUCGGGAGGCUACGUCAUUUAAAUAAGAUGUGCUCGGGGCGAUCAGAAGUACGCCUUAUUAAAAUGCGCUCUAUCUUCGAACGCUUUUCACGCAAUUGCCUUACGUUUAGCGAUUUCGUUACAUAUACAUUGCCAAAUUAUACGUCACUUGGUCAAGCUCUUUCUAAUGACGUUUAUUUUCUGAACUUAUUGAGCGGCUACCUUAUCGCAGCCAUUAGUGAUGAGAGUCGUUUAAUGGAAGUUAUGAUGAAAACACGUUUUUUGCUCCAACUUUUCAGUAUCACAGCCAUAAAACUGCAACGUCGUCUUGGAAAAUUUGACAUGUUAGAACUAAAUUAUACUGUAUUAUUUGAAUUUUUUUCUAGAACUAUCGCUUGGUUCGCUAAAAUUGGCCUAUACAUCGAAGCAUUUCUUUUGCUUUUAGUAUUAUUUGUCACUAUAAUCUUAUUAUCACUAUUAUGGAAAUCAUAUAAGCAUCUCUCAACGGCAACAGCAUUAUUCAUAUUCAAUAUAAUAUUUUCUAAUACUUUAUUCAUUUUAUCAUUUAAUUUUGAUGGGUCAAUGCCAGCAUCACUGGUCAUUGCUGAAACACUCAAUGCAAAUUUAUUCCAAAGUAACAUAUUUUUCCAUCAAAUAAUUCAAGAAACGCUCUAUUCACUUGCCCAAAAUGGAUCACUUCUUGGCCUUCUCAAUUUACUUCUUCUUGUCUUGGUUGUUAUAAAUCGUUCGAUGGCUGGUAAAACAAUGAGAUUAUCGCGAAUGUGUGUAAUUUUGGUAUUUUCAUUUGUUUGGGUAUUUUUAUUUAUUGCACAUUCACUAUUUUCAUUUCUACAGCUCAUAGCAAUCAGUUCUAUGGGACGAAUGAUCACAGCUUUAGUAUUAUCCAAUUAUGGUAUCUUCCGUGAUCUUUGUGAUCGAGUUUCACCGUUUCACAAUUUUGGUGUUUAUUUAUUACGUGGUCACACGUUUUUCACGCUAACGUUUCUAGCAGUAGCAUUUUCGGUAUUUGUUAUAACAGUCUGUUAUAAUCGCAGCAUCCGUCGACAAGACACAAUUCUAAAUGAAAAUGAGAAAACACGUGAACAUACAGUUGCUCAAAAACGUCGAGAAAUACUUAUCGAUACUUUAUUAUUAUCAAUUUUUGCAUUUUUCAUUUCGGUCGCUGGACAAACUUUUGUUGAAAUAGCUGUAUUUUGGGCUAAAAAUCGUCAAGAUGCUGCCAGUUGGGUUCGUUGGUUUCAACUUGUUCGAAUUAUUGCCUUCGUCGAUCCAGUCUUCAAUCCUGUGCUCGUAAUUCUGCGAAUACCAACGAUGAGGUUUUUAUGCUACCGAAAUUCACACCGUUCAUCAUCAUCUUGCCGUAGGAGUCAUAGUACUAUUUCUCAUAGGAAAGGACACAAUUCAAUCAAGCAUUUCUACGAUCUUUUGAAGAAGCUUAAUCUUAUGUCACUUUAG